AUGGGUGAGAAAUCAUACUUGAUCCACCAUGAAUGGUUCCCGACUGAAAUAGUAGAAAUCGUGGCCGGAAUUCGAGGUUUCCAACCGGGAUCUUGGGUGUGGUGUGACCAGGACGUUGAGUCGGUUCGAAUAGGACCGGUCUCGAGGUGUGUCAUGGACGGUGGCGGUGGUGGUGACUUGGAACAGUCACGGCUGUUACAGUCAGAGGGGGGGUCGUGA